AUGAACCAUGAAGAAGAUAAAGUGAGAAAUUCGUCAAACAAUCCUUCAAAGUCAUUAAUUUCUGUCUUAUUAAACCAUGAUGAAGUAAAUGAAGAUGCAUUAACCUCAACUGAGAUCAAGCGGGAGAUUCAAGAAGAUGAAGAAGUAGUACCUCCCAUUUCCAGUUCCUAUCAACAACAGCUUAAUCAAAUUCCCAAUACUGGAGAACCAAUUAUGGAUAUAGAAUCGAUGUCAAUAAAUGAACCCAAACCUAUUUUUUCUUUUAGAAAUUCAAAUCAUAGUCAAGAGGAAAAAGAAUUACUUCAAAAAUUUGAAACUGAAAUAAUGCAAAAUUCAGAUGCAAUUGUUGUUUUAACUAAAUUAAGACUUGAAACUAAAGAAAAAUAUUUAUAUCAGAUAAGAAAAUAUAUUAGAUUCUGUGCAAGACAAGGUUAUAAAGAUUUUAUAAUUAAGUUAGAUAGAGUUAAUUCUUUACUUGAAAAUGAAAUUAAUAAAAGAGGAUAUUUAAGUGAAAAUACAGUUAAAAGUAUUAGAUCACCCCUUAAUAAAUUAUUUUAUAUGAAUAAAAUUGUUUAUUUAUCGCAACAACCAGAAGAAUAUUUAGGUGAUAAUUUCAUCAAAAAUAUUAUGUCAAAACAAUUAGAAGAUAAAACAAACCAAUCUAGACACACUCAACAUACUCAGCAACCUCAACCACAACAAGCUGUUGUAAAUCCUUUAAUUCAUCCACAAAAGUUAAAAUAUGGUGAUUCUAACACAAACAGUGGGGGUAGUGGAAAUUCAAGUGGUAAUUCUACUUUAUUCAAUUUAAUAGAUUCAAAUCAUUCAAAAUCUAAUACUUCAACUUCAACAACUUCAAUUUCUUCAUCAAAUGCAAACAAGUCUUUAAAUUCAUCAACUGAAUCAAAUACACCUCAAAGUAAAUUAGAAUCACUUGAUCAAAAUCGUUCAAUAUUUGAAGAAACAAUCAAAGGACCACCAUCAACUGUAUCAUCUUCUUCAACAAGUGAGAGCUCACCAUCAAAAAUCUUUAAAGCAGGUGAUAGUUUCAAGCAUAGAAUUACAGAAGAAGAAUCCAAAUUAUUACAAAAAUUUAAUGACGAAGUAUUAGAAAAUGUCAAAACAAGAGAUAUAUUAUCUAACUUAACUGGAAACACAUUCAAAUCUUAUGCAACAGAUAUCAAAAGAUUCAUCAGAUUUUGCGCAAGAAAAGGUAAGAAUGAUUUUUUAAUUGAAGAAGAAAUUUUGACUAGAUUUUUGGUUUUUGAAACAAAGAAAAGUAAAAGAAAUAAAAUUAAGAAUUUAAGAACAAGUUUAUUAAAAUUACAUCAAUUAAAUUGUUUAGCUUAUGAUUUAGAUUUUUCAGAAGGAGAUCUUAUAUUUAUAAUGAAUAAAUUUUUAGACAAUAGUGGUACUCAUAAUCAACAACAACAACCACAAUUAGAUGGUGACUUAAGUACAGUUUCAAAUCCAAUCACAAACGCAAAUACAGAAAAUGAAGACAACACUGUUGAUUUAGUUGAUGAAAAAGCUGACUUUGUUGAUGAAGAAGAUGAUGAAGAUAAUGAGUUAGUUGUUAAAUUAAAGGGGUAUUAUCAAACUACAAAUAUUUUAAAUGGUUUAUCUGAAACAAGUAAAAAAAUAUAUUCAAAUGAGUUUAAUCGUUAUGCAUUAUUUUGUAGCGAAAAAUUACACUUACAAAAUUUCAAUUUAACAGGUGAAACAAUUAAGAAAUUUUUCAUUGAAGAUGUUAUUAAAAGAACACCAACUAUAUCAUCAAAGAAAUUAACAGAAAUUUUGAGCAGAUUCAAUAGGUUACACAAUUUAAAUGUUGAAUUAAAUCCUUCAUUACCAAAAACAAUUGAAAAUAUUGAAGUUGUAAAACAAUUUUUGAAAGAAUAUGGAGCAUCAAAUAAAGGAACAAAUACCAAUGAUGUUAUUAUGAAUGCUGAAAAUUUAAUUGAAUCUGAAGAUCAACCAAUAGAAUCCAAUACCCAAAAUGCUCAAAAUGAGAAGAAUGCUAAUAGACUGGUAAGUAAUGUAGGACAUACAAGACAUGGAGGUAAUGGUAAUGGAAAUGGAAAUGGAAAUGGUCAUGGAAGCGGAAGUGGAAAUGGAAAUGGAGUUGAAACUAGUAGUUCAAGUAGUACAAGUAGAAAUGGAGCUGAUACUUUAAGUGGUGCAUCAACCUCAUCCGCUGAAACAAGUUUACCUCAAUUAAAUUAUCCAAAUGAACCAAUAAAUCAAAUAAAUGUUGGAUCACUGUCAUCAGAUCAAGCUAGUAGUGGUGAAAUUACAAAAUCAACUAGAAGGAAACUGGGUUUAGCAGCUGCAAUACCAAUUUUAAGUAAACCAAAACCUGUAUUUCAUUCAUAUAGUUCUAGACCUGAAGUUUUUGAAUCAACUACUUCAACCACAAGUAGUAGUUCAAGUGGUGAUAAAUCAGCUGAUGAUAAAGGUAAAAGUAGAUUACAAAGAGUUGUUGAACAUCAAUAUGAAGAACAGCCCCAACAUGUUAUUGAUGAACCAAAAGAAGGAUCUUCAAAUGCUGUGCAUCGUGCAAUAGAGUCUAGAGUUGAAGAUGAUGAUGACAAUGAUGAUGACGAUGGCAAUGAAGAUGAUGAUGAUGAUGAUGCCUUUGAGUUUGAGGAUGUAGAUGAAGACGUAGAUGAAGAUGAAGAUGAUGAUGAUGAUGGAAGUAAAGAAAAUCGUUUAAAAACUAAAGAUGAAUUGAAAUCAAAAGAACAAAUUAAAUCAUUGGGUAAAACUUAUUUACAACCACAUAAAUCAGUUGGAUCAAAAGAAUUAAAUAAACGUCAAAAAUUAGAAAUUUUACCUGAAACAAGUGAUAAAAUUCCAAAAUUUGUAAUGAAUAGAAAUAUUGAAACAAUAACUCAAUUAGUUGAAGAAUGGUCAUUAAUUUUAAAAAGAAAUAAUAAAUAUAAUGGAAUUGGAUGGAUUAAAACAAUUGUUGAUUUUCAAUUUUAUAAUAAUUAUAAAUUAAUAAUUGAAUUAAUUGAAGAAGUUAUAUCAAAUAUGGAUGAAAAAUAUAAAAAUAUUAAAAUUGAACAAAUUAUUGAUAAUAAUAUUAUAUAUGAAUUAGCUUCAAUAUUUGAUGAAUAUUUAAAAAGAAAAAAAUUAACUUUAGAUAAAUUUAUUAAAAAAUGUGAACAAUUUCCUGUUUAUACUAAAAAGGAAUUUUUAAGAAUAUUAUCAAGAAGAAAAUCAAAUCUUGAAAAUUAA